AUGCAGUCGUAUGCAUGUCACGUACGGGUAACGAAUCGUAUCGAGGAACUGCUCGACCUGCAAAUACGAACAAUGGCUAGGACGAUGCUGCAAGAACGUGAUUGCCGUAAUAAGCUCAAGGAAUUACCACGACGUGUAGAUGUCGACAGCUUGUCUAUGGUGUGUGGUUUCCAGCUUAGUACUGAACCCUUCUUUCGAUCAUUAAUUAAGGCCACGAUCAAAUUUGCAGUCACUAAACAAAUGAAAAAGCAACAGAUUCAAAUUCCGUUUGACAAGGGUCGUACCAUGUUGGGUGUCGUCGAUGAGACCGGGCAGUUGCAGUAUGGCCAAGUUUUUGUGCAAUACACUGAAAAUAUAAACCUGAAGACACCUCCUCCAGAAGCAUCGAGGAAAAUUCUCACUGGUACUGUACUGCUCACAAAAAACCCUUGUGUUGUCGGGGGCGAUGUUCGCGUGUUUGAUGCCGUGGACAUUCCUGACCUACGACAUUUGUGUGAUGUUAUUGUCUUCCCAAUGCAUGGACCACGACCACACCCGGACGAAAUGGCCGGUAAUGAAUUUUUACUUUGGUUGCUCCAAUUGGUUGCCUUCCCAAUGCAUGGGCCAUGA